CCGCAGUGAUUUGGUAGCCGCUGCAGUAGGAGGAAGGACCGCGGGUCUACCCUUCUAUCUUUCAGUUUCGCCUCGAAUUUCUAUCGGUGUUUCCUUUCUAGUAGCGACCAGUCAUUAGAGUGUACUGUAACGGUGCUCUAUGAUCAAUAAGUCGUAGUAUUAUCCACGGACAGUGAUAUCCAUCGCCAUUUUAACCGCACGUUUUCCCUGACAGAAGCGCUAGCACAACAAUGGCUCUGAAAAGAAUUCACAAGGAGUUGAAUGAUUUGGCACGGGACCCACCAGCCCAGUGUUCUGCAGGACCAGUAGGAGAUGACAUGUUUCACUGGCAAGCCACAAUAAUGGGACCUAAUGACAGUCCUUACCAGAGCGGGGUUUUCUUCUUGACCAUACACUUCCCCACAGACUACCCCUUCAAACCGCCAAAGGUUGCAUUUACCACAAGAAUCUACCACCCAAAUAUCAACAGCAACGGCAGCAUUUGUCUUGACAUCCUGCGAUCACAGUGGUCUCCGGCUCUCACCAUCUCCAAAGUUCUCCUGUCCAUCUGCUCUCUGCUGUGCGACCCAAACCCGGAUGACCCCUUAGUACCCGAGAUCGCCCGCAUCUACAAGACGGACAGGGAAAAGUACAACAAAAUAGCUCGGGAAUGGACACAAAAGUAUGCAAUGUAGUGUUGGGGUAGAAUCAUGGCCAACCACCUCUACGACAUAAGGUUAGGGGAGCUUCAGACGUAAAGAGAAAACAAACAAAAAACCAUACAAACAAAUGAAAAGUUUAAAACAAGAUCUUGUUGGUUUCCAUUGGAGUGCUUUCUUUGAGCCACGCCUCCCCUUCACCAGAGUACCUGUAAAACUCCCUCUGCCCCACCCUCUCUCUCUCUCUAUCUAUUUCUAUCUCUAUCUCUAUCUCUCUCUGUUUGACUCUGUCUCCCCCCUUCCUCCUCCUCCCACACCUCUCAGCUCACCUGCCCACCCUCCAGUGUACAUUUUGUCACCUUAUAAUGGUUACACCCGUCUCUUCCUGCUCCUUUGUCCACCUCACCUCUCCCUUGUGACCUCUGCCCCUCCUUCCGCCUUCUCCUCCUCCCUCCCUUACCUCUGUAUUACGUUACAUUAUGUCAUCAUGCAGGUUGGGCUGUCACAGCCUCUCCCCCACCUCCCCCCUUUCGUCCUGCAUCCUCACCCCCUUUACCUCCCCCCACGUUAAUUACUAAAAGCAUUCCUUUGAGCAUCUGUAAAACUUUUGAGGGGACCUUUAUUUUUUCCUUGAUUUCCCUUUUUUUAGGGGGGAGGGGGGGGAAAGUAAUAUGGAGGGAUUUUUACACUCUGCACCCUUUCUUGUUUUGUUGUCCUUAUAAUUCCCAUCAGCCGAGGUGACAAUUCAAGAAAGCAGUUUGGCACGUGAGUCGAAGGGCACUCUGUAUUUUAUACAACGAAUACUUAAAAGAAAUCAUUGCAGGCUAUGAAAAAAAAAAAUGAGAAAAAAAAGAUGCACAUGGCCGAUUUUGGUCUUCUGUUGGAUUCUAUGAACGGACUUGAAUUUAUCCCCACACCUCCCUCUCCCACCCUCACCUUACCCAAGUUGACCCCUUUGUACACACACAUAGACGCACACACACACAUGCACGCACAACUGUAACCCCAUGUCACACACCCCUCCCCCCACCCACCACUACCACUUUUCUUUAUACACAAAGUGGAGGUUCUGGACCAGGUAUUUAAGCAAUUUAUUUUUCUUAGUUCAACCUGUGUUUUUUUUUAUCCCCCUCCCCCUUCCUCUUCACCCCCCAUAACUCUUUAGGUUGCUUUUUUUUCUUUUCUUUUUUUUCUUUUUUGCUAUUGUUAAAUUAGAGGCUAACAUCUUAAAUGGCUAUGGGACUGGCUUGGGCUCUGGGUGCGAGGAGAACCCACUCUUCUUGCACAAAACCUCUGUAUAUUGAAUUACCUGAGAGGCUCGUUGAGCUUUGUGUGUUGAUUAAACUGUGUAAUAAAAACCCGUGA